GAAUUAUGGGUAAUCCUUAUUGCGAUGCAACCACCCAAGAUGGCAACCAGUCAGAACAGAUAAUUUUGUGAGAUAUUUGGAUAAUUUUACCCAUAAAAACUAUAAAACAUAGAUGAUACACGGGUAACAAAGUCAAGAUGGAAAGUGGAGGUAAAGGUAGUAGUGGACAGACGGAAUUUAUUGUUGGUGGAAAGUACCGUCUUGUUCGAAAAAUAGGCAGUGGCUCGUUUGGUGACAUUUAUUUGGGUAUCAACAUAACAAAUGGAGAGGAAGUGGCUGUGAAGCUUGAAUCCCUCAAGGCCAGACAUCCCCAGCUAUUGUACGAAAGCAAGUUAUAUAAAAUAUUAGCUGGAGGAGUAGGUAUCCCACAUAUUCGUUAUUAUAACCAAGAAAAAGAGUAUAAUGUCCUGGUUAUGGACUUGCUUGGGCCCAGUCUUGAGGAUUUGUUCAACUUCUGCUCAAGAAGAUUCACGAUGAAAACUGUGCUUAUGCUUGCUGACCAAAUGAUUGGGCGUAUUGAAUAUGUUCACAACAAAAACUUCAUUCACAGAGACAUAAAACCUGACAAUUUCUUGAUGGGUAUAGGUCGUCACUGUAAUAAGGUGUUUCUCAUUGAUUAUGGUCUGGCCAAAAAAUACAGAGAUAGUCGGACAAGACAACACAUCCCAUACAGAGAGGACAAGAACCUGACUGGGACGGCCCGGUAUGCAAGUAUCAACGCACAUCUUGGUAUUGAACAAAGUCGGAGGGAUGACAUGGAGUCGCUUGGCUAUGUGCUAAUGUAUUUCAACAGGGGAUCACUACCAUGGCAAGGAUUAAAGGCUGCAACGAAAAAGCAGAAAUAUGAAAAAAUAAGCGAGAAAAAGAUGUCAACCCCAGUUGAGGUCCUGUGUAAAGGAUUCCCCGCAGAGUUUGCGAUGUAUUUGAAUUACUGCAGAGGACUUCGUUUUGAGGAGGCCCCAGACUACAUGUAUCUACGACAGCUAUUCCGCAUCCUUUUCCGCACAUUGAACUAUCAAUAUGACUACACAUUUGAUUGGACAAUGCUGAAGCAAAAAGCAGCAAAUGUGACCAGUACUGGUGCAAGUAUCCCUACCGGAGCCACUGCUGGGCACAAGUAAAAAAAAUAGUUCUGAUUUGAAGAUUACCACAAAAAGUAACCGGCAUUCAUAAAGAUGGUGUGGCUGAUGAAGACAGUUUGUAGUAAAGAAGUAAUGUUUUGAAGAUAAGAAUGUAACAUGAAUGGAUAAUAGGUUGGUUGUAGAUGACCAAAUGUCAUGCUUAUCGUUCAUGUAUACCAUGAGAAACAGUAUUUAUGUACUUGCUAAUCCCUGCGAGUAACAUGAAAAAAGUGAAUGAGAGCCUAACAAUAUAUAGAUGAUCCAGCACAUUUUGAUCUGGUUAUAAACAUGAGUUCAGAUCAAAGAAAGAAAGUACUUGUUGUCAUGAAAACAAUUUGACAGUCUUCUGGUCAUAAGGACCAAAUGUCUAAAUUAUGAACUGGGUACACUAUAUAUGUACGUGUGUAUAUGACAUCGCUCAAUAUGUAUUGGUAUAUCCUUCAUGAUAAUAAUUGAUUUAAUUAAUCGUGUAGAAAGUGAUAAUACAGUACACAUUAUUUAAUCUAGACAUAUUGGGUACAACAGAAAGCAGAGAAAUGUGUGUUUCCAUUCUGAAAUUAACCACCUUGAAGUUGAAACCAUUAUUCCUUUAUUUUUCACAUAGUUUUUUGGCUACUGGUAUUUAGUAAUUGUAUAUACAUAAUUAAUCACAAUAACUACUUAAUGGGGGAUAUGAUAUACAAACAUACAUGUAUAGCGAUACUGGCCAAGAUACACACAUUUUUUGCCAAAACAGUUCUAGACUCACUGGUUUAAAUCCAUUAUAAUUGUAAGUACAUUAUGCUGAAUCAAUGUCCCACAUAAUCUGAUGAUUUGGUGGUAUGUUGAUACAUGUAUGACUAUAUAUGAUGUAGGGUUUCAUGUUUCUGUAUCCAUUAAUUUAGUUCCUUGUAGUUGUACAUACCAGAUAGAUCAUAUAGUAGAAAAAACUAUAUGUUAAUUCUGUAUAUAUUUAUUUAAAAAUGAAACUAAUUGUAAACUGCUUUGUAAUAUUUGGACCUCUGGUGUAAUAUGUGUAUAUAUGUGUUCUUUUAGUGAAAGUAAUACUAUUACACCAACGAGAAGUAUUUUGUAGUAUUUUAAGAAAAAAUAUAACAUAAUAUGAAGAAAUGGGGGUUUCUUAUAAAUAGUCUCACUUGAUACAUAUGUUUAUAGUUGAACAUUUUCUGCUUAAAAACAAGACCAGUUUAGGGAGAACGAACAAAUGGAUUUAAUACAGUUAUAAGAUCAGUGUAGUGUUCUCUGUAUAGGAUUUCAGACAGUGGGGAGAUCAGGAACCAAUACAAGUACAGUUUUCUGUCAAAUUUUACUUGUGCAUCACAACCUUUUUCAAAUAAAAUCAAUUAGUUUAAAAAAUAAUGAAGUACACAAUAUUGCAUUGACUGAUGUCUUAAUUAACAGCCAGGCAUUCACUGUGGGCAAUAAGAUAGCAUGUCAUUUGUCUUGGUCAAAAUCACAAAUAUUUAAAAAAAAAAAACACAAAAAAAAACCACACAAAAAAACAACAACAACAAACAAAAAAAAGAAAGAAGGAAACAGGACAUACAUGUUCCUUUGCCUAUUAUAGAUAUAUGGGUUGUUUAAAAAAAUGAUUAAUUUUGAAAUGUAGAGCUACUGAUUUGCUAAAUAAAGAAAAAAUUCUAGAACUCGCUAUGAAAUAACUUUAAAAAAUUCUUCUACUUUAUCUAGUCUGUAGUAUACUGUAGUUAAAUCAUAUAAUUGGGCAUGACUAUCAGACACUCAGUGACAUAGAAUUUAUGUUUGGUUUUUAGUUUGUGGCCUAGUUGGCAGGUUGACAAUUUCAGCUUUUAAUAUUUACAAACGAAACAUUUUACUUCCCCAUUAGUAGAAAAGUUGUUAGGAUUUAAACUUAAAGGAAAAUUGUAAUGAUGUAAACUCAUAUACUGUACAAACAUUUAGUAGUGCUGUUGAUGUAGUGUACAUUGUGUAAGUAAAUUAUAAUUGUAUGCUGUUCAUUGUGCUACAUACAUGUAUAUUAUUAAUAAUCACAUAAUUGUUUCUUGUGUGAUGGAAAAUGAAAGUCUGUCACUUUUUUUGUCACAGUGUUAAGUAUUUGUGGUUAAGUUUUUGAUGUGGCACAGGGAAUUUCUAUCAUAUUUAUCGUAGUGUUCGGCAAAUUCACUUUCUGUAAAAUGUAAGUGUUUGUUACAUUGUUAAUUGGAAUAAACAAUAAAAUCUUACAUCACAGAUCUACAAGUAUAUAUAUGAUCAUUUCAAGUUGAUGAAUGAAACUUAGAUGUUAAAAAAAUGAAAUGUUUAUAAAUUAUGUAAAAUCUAGAAUACUGUGGCAUAUAUAUAAGAAUGUUUACAUUUUAUGAUUUGUACAGAAGGAAAGGUUGAUGCUGCAGUUAGUUUUUUGUUCCAGCUUUGAGUCCAAUACUAAACCUUCCAGAGAAAGAAAGUAAAGUCCUAAAUACAUUCAUUUGUAACACUGUAAAAUUGUUUGGAGUCCUCCCUAUAUUGAAAACACUACAUCUUGUUUUGGAACAUGCUGUACAAAAAAAGUCUUUCUACCUUUUGUUUUUAAUAAUUCUGCUUGAUAAGCAAGUUUGAUGUUUCAGCAAAGUAAUUUGUAUGUACAUGUUGAAUGUUUCACUGUAUAUGUCCUGCGAAAAAUUGUCAGAAUGGAUGUACCAUUUAAUUAAAAAAAGAUUUAUUGAAUAUGGGUCAUCGUGUAUGUGAAUUUACUGAUAUAAUUAUAAUUUCGUGUAAAGUGGGUGUUAAAUAUUGACAUGUAAUCCAUUUUCACAUGCAAAUUUUUGCCAUGUUUGAGCAAAUAAUUCCAAAAAUAUCUUUUCCUUUCUUUCAUUUUCUUCUCUUUCCCCCACAUUCAUAUAUAUUCAACCUUUGUACUCUGCUUUUGUGACAAAAUAUUCCUGUAAAGUGUAAAUAGAUUUUAGCUGAAACUGCCCGUCAUUAUGUCUCGAUACAUCAUAACUUCCAAUUAGCUUUUAAAAUACCAUAUUCAUCUAAGUUUUCAGCAUGUUCAUCACAUGCUUUACAUAACGGUUAAACCCUACCAUUAUUUUGUAAUAAAAUUAUUCUCUUCCAAAUUGUGAUGUGAUUUCACACUAGCUGGUACCCUUGAUUUCUACAUAAGCUACUUGAAGUUAUAGCAGAAUGAAAUGAUGUGGUACCUCUAUGAUGAUAAGAGUGUUAAAAUGCAUUAAGAAUUUCGGAUAUAUACUUGAUCACCAGAUUUUCAAACAAAAAUGUGUGAAAUUGUGCAAAUGAUUAAAUCAUUGUUAAAGUAUGGUUAAAAACAUAUGUUUAAUAAUGAUUAGAUCACAAUUAAGCAGAAAUGAUAUAUAUGUAAAUAAGAAAAUUAAUCAAUUCUAUGAUAUGAUGUUGAUUUAGAUAAGAAUUCACUCCAGACAGAGAUGUUCACAGUACACAAGUCUGGUAAAGUGUGUGUAUUAUAAGUGUAUACAAUGUCAUUGUGUGUGUAUUUCACCAGUACUUCACCUUCUGGAUCUGUAUUGGAGAUAAAUGAUUUAUGGUGUAGCCAAAUGGAACUAGCACUUGCUCACUGUUACAUGUUUCCUGUUCUGAUUACAAUGUGUGUGGAGCCCAUUAUCUUCAACACUGUAUAGGCUUGAUAUGUGAUGUGGUAAAUUCCCUUCAGUAUAUUAAACGGGGAAACACUUAAAA